AUGCAAAUUUGCUCGAGCGUCUUUAUCAAAUCCCAAUCAUCGACUCAGUCCGAUUCCGCGAGAGAAUCACUUGCCGGGUAUGGGUCAAGGAAGCUCUCUUUGCGCUCGAUGAUGAAGGCUAUAUCAUUCUCACUCGCAGUGUGGAUGAAAAUGAAGUUAAGGCGAGGAACCUCGGGCUUCGGAAAAAGAGUUUGGGGAGGCGGGCGGUUGUGGGAAGUGGUGGGAGCCAGGCUUGAGAUUCAAGAUGUCAUGUGA